CUUAACUUUUAUCUUUUUAACUAGACACUACCCAACCUUGGUCGAAAGUGAUCAGAGUAAAGUUGUAUGCAGAUUGAACAAAUCAUUAUAUGGAUUAAAGCAAGCGCCUAAGUGUUGGAACGGCACUUUUUGUAGUUUUCUCGAAAAAUUCAAUCUAAAAGCGUCAAAAGCCGAUCAUUGUAUCUUUUGUGGAAACGUCAGUGGAGAAGUGGUAUAUCUCGCAUUAUUCGUAGACGACGGGUUACGUGCAGCAAAGUCAAGACAGUUGCUAAACACAAUAACAGAAUCCUUUCGUAAGACUUUCAAAAUAACGAUUGGUGAUGCACAUUGUUUUGCUGGACUAGAAGUUAAGCGGGACUGAAAAAUGAAAAGUCUCUUCAUUCAUCAAACAGCAUAUGCUAAGCGAAUAAUUGAAAGGUUUCAAUUUCAGAAUGUUAAAACUGUCAGUGUGCCGGCCGAUCCCCAUACAAUUCUUGUUCCAGUAAAUGACAAAGAAGAUAUCAUUAAAAAUGUACAUACCUUAUCGCGAAGCAGUCGGAUCUCUAAUGUUCUUAAAGCCCCUUGCACAAUGCGAGGCAACAGCGAUAAGAAUACCGAUAGGAACAGAAUAGAAAUAAGCAAUAGAUAUUGUUUCCUUUCGUUGCACAAUGACGCGAUAAAAAUAAAGACUAACCAAUCAGAUCGCAUAUAGACGGUAGUCUGUCUUUCUAUUUCCUUCAGAUAAACACAACCUAUAAAUGUUAAAAAAAACUGUGUGUUAUUGAUAAAUUGCAAUAUUUUGUAUCAAAACGUUGGAAUUUGCCUUUGAUGAAGUACUUGUGCAACAAAGUUUUGUCAGCAAAUUUUGAUUAAAUAAGAUGGAAAAUAGAGAAUUAGCAUUUAUCUGUACAAUGCAAGUGGCUGUGCUAGAAUUGUACGCUGCAUGGAAGGCGCAAAUAGGCAAGCGUUGGAAAAACCGACGGUGGUGGGUACGUCCCAUAAAUGACAGACGUGCAGAGUAUGGCGAUUUCCAAACUUUGUUUUCGGAGUUGAAAGAAGACACGGAUCUCUUUUUUCGGUACACAAGAAUGGAUGUGCCUACAUUCUAUGAACUGCUUCGACUAGUAGGACCACAUUUGGAAAAAAGAAGCAUGAGACCAUCGAUAUGUCCAGAACAGCGUCUUGCAAUAACAUUGAGAUAUUUAGCCACCGGAGACCAAAUGUUGUCUGUGGCUUUAGCUUACCGAGUCGGUGAAUCUACAGCUCAUAUGAUUGUUAAAGAAACAUGCACCGUUCUAGCAAAUAUUCUUAUGCCAAUCUAUAUGAAACCUCCCACAAAAGUCGAAUAGGAAGAGAUCUGUGCA